AUGUUAUAUUGGAAUAGAAGUGACUUUUUUUUUGUUGGUUUGGGUCCGUUCAACGAGAAUAACAUCACUACUAGUAGUAGUAGCAGUAAUGGUGAUGACGUUAUUGAUCGUAAACUUCGUUUUACUGUAUUUAAGGAGCCUCUAGACAGGCGUUUUAUAGCUGGGUGCCUAGGUGUGUUUGGAGGAUGUGUGCGGAUGUGCGACUUUAAGGUGUGUACCAAAACUCUACAUGUUUGGGAGUUGAAAGAACAAGAUCAUGAUCGGAUGGUCGAUGCAGCUGCCAGCAAGUUGUGUGUAAGUAACCACAGGAUAUAUCACUUGGACCCAGAAACGUAUCCGGAUGAUCCAAUAACGUGUACAAUGCAGGCAUUUGACCCAAAUAAUAAGGAUAUUUUGUAUCUGCGUGUGGAUGGUGAUAUUAUCAAGUGCAACAUUCUUACAGGAGAGUGGUGUAAGAUAGUUAGACAGUGUCCGGUUGCUAAUGGUUACUAUUACCAAAUUGUUCUCCCAUGGUGGCCGACUCCAGUUCCUGUAUUACCAGAACAUGCCCAUCGUGGAGGAACUAGCAUUUGGUAG